AUGCCGUCUUCUCAGGCCUUUCAACCGCAGGACUCAGUUGAUCAACAGAUGUCCGGCUCGGGUGAUAAGUUUCUCCAACCUAUUGAAUCGUCCGAAUCUUUCCAAUCCCUCGAUAUGAGUCCCAAGAGGCAGUCUCCACCGGCAACAAGAUCGCUCUGGGAAUCUUCUGGAACCAUAACAUCGUUGGAUACUUCCUCGUCAAAUUCAACUACACGAUCAGCUGACAGCAAAAAGCCGCUCGUAUACACAAAUAUUACGAGCGAGAGCAAGACUCCCCUUUGCGACAGACCGCAACAAUCUUGGCAAUGCUACCUUGUGGCUCCAGUCUUCAUGGUCAUACUACUGCUCAUCGGCAUCAGCGUGUCACUCGGUCAUCACUUUUAUUACGAAUGGCUAGAUGGGCAAGAAGUCCAAAGCAGGGAUAAGCAACAAUGGGCACUUCGAAUUGGUAAUGCGUUCGCCUUUUUCGCCAAGUGCUGCUUCUGCAGUGCUGCAAACAUUGCUUUUCUCCAGUGGCUAUGGAAAACUCUGCGGGAGAAAUACAUCUCUGUUCAAGGAAUCGACGCUGCUUUCUCCGCGACCCAAACGCUGGUCUCCUUUGCCAGCUGGGAGAUGCUCUCGAAAGUGAAAGUCGGAAGUGUACUAGCACUUCUUGCGUGGUGCAUUCCGCUUAUAACCCUGGUGACCCCUGCUUCGCUCUCGGUAAAAGCGGCUUUUGCACAAACCCUGGUCAUUGCAGAUGUCCCAGUCCCCCUGGCACCGCAGGACAUCAUCCCCCUGAAAGAGCUUCUCUCGAUAUGGGUAAACACGCAAGGCGUUAUCGUGCACUCCGAUAUCACUAUCGGAAACCAUCGUGUUGCAGAAGAGUUCAAGAAGUUGGCAUUGUCAAGUGCUAUUUUCGGAGAGGUCUUUUCAAUCCCCCGACCUUUUACGGAUGCAGAUUCAAGUUACAUGAUCGACUUUGUGGCCCCUGGCCUGAAAUGCGACAACUCCUCCUCUCAAGUGUCACGAAACACGACCAUUGCUGCGCUUCGUUCUCAAGGAUACUCCACUGAGAUUGACACCCACAACUCUAAAUUUCUCAACAUUUCAGCAAUCAACUUUCAGCAGCUCGAAUACUCCCACGCAGACACACGUACGCAGAUCGGGUACUUUGCCCGGAUCCCGACUGCCAAUGACACGGCCGCUGACUUUGGGCUUGCAAAUGGAACCAAGAACGAGUUCCAUGUGGUCAUAGCAGACCGCGCACCAGAGACAAACACAAUUGUUCCAACCUUCCUUACUUGCCAGCUCUGGAAUAUUUCGAGAACAGUCAACAUCACAACGACGAGUGGCAUCCAGGACGUCCAUGUAACCGACGCAAAGCUACUCAACAAAUUCAAUCAGUCCUUCAAGCCUCUAUACCCCGAGGAUGUAGCACACAGCCCCUUUGCCACCGAAGAAGUCUUCUAUACAGCAUUCUUCUUAAGCGUGGCGAAAAAUCUACUGGGAUUCAUCGGCACCACCAAGAUCCAAAACACCAUCGUCUCAGAUCCCUCAGCGAGCAUCCAAGAAACAGUACUGACGAAGUCCUCCGAGUAUGUGGCGAUGGCUCGGAACAUCAGCAUGUACUACUCCACCAGCUCCGGCCUGGAAGUGGAAAAGCCUCUAGGCCUCAUGAUCGAGGAGCUGGCGCAGAACGUGUCGUUAAACCUGAUGACCAGGGACUUCUUCAGCAAACGCGCACCCUGGAACGUCACGCGGGUCGAUCGGAUAACGGUUUACACGUACGAUCCACGAAACCUUCUGCUCGCCUACGGCAUCGCCGCGGGCAGCACGUUCCUGAUCAUCUGCGCCGGCUUCUUUGCGUUCCGGUGCAACGGCGCGAGCUAUAGCGCCGCCGUGUCUACUUUCAUCUGUGCUACGCAGAAUCCAGAUGUAAGCUUUUUGAAGCCCUGA